UUAUAAAGAGUGAAGUGAAUAAAAAAAAAGUAAAUCUGUUGUUUUUGGUCGCAACAAAUAUUAUUGGAAGGAUUUAUUUUUUUUUUUUUUACAUGAAUUUAUUUAAAAAUAAACGAUGAGUUUUUCGAGUGAUGAAGUAAACUUUUUAGUUUAUCGAUACUUACAAGAGUCAGGUUUUGUACAUUCUGCAUAUACAUUUGGUAUUGAAUCAAAUAUAUCACAAUCAAAUAUCAAUGGAGCCCUAGUACCACCUGCUGCCCUUCUGAAUAUCAUACAAAAAGGUUUACAAUAUACCGAAGCGGAAAUAAGUAUCGGAGAAGAUGGUACGGAACAACGUUUAGUGGAAAGUUUAAGUUUAAUUGAUGCUGUUAUGCCGGAUGUGGUUGCUAGUCGACAAAAUCAACAGAAUCAACAGAAACAAGCGGUUAAAUCGGAAAUUCAAGAUACAAAUGGCGAAGAAACGGCAGCCUCCACACAAAAUGAAAAUAUGGAAGUGGACGAUAGUAUAGAAAUUCCACCAUCAAAGUCAACCGUAUUACGUGGUCACGAAUCCGAAGUAUUCAUUUGUGCAUGGAAUCCCAUCACCGAUUUACUAGCGUCUGGAUCUGGUGAUAGUACCGCACGAAUAUGGGAUAUGUCUGAUACAUCGAGUAGUCCAAAUCAAUUGAUACUACGGCAUUGUAUCCAGAAGGGGGGUACAGAAGUACCGAGCAACAAGGAUGUUACGUCGUUGGAUUGGAACUGUGAUGGUAACUUAUUAGCGACCGGUAGUUAUGAUGGUUACGCACGGAUAUGGACUACAGAUGGUCGAUUGUCCAGUACUUUGGGACAGCAUAAAGGACCGAUAUUCGCAUUGAAAUGGAAUAAACGGGGAAAUUAUAUAUUAUCAGCUGGGGUGGACAAAACUACAAUAAUUUGGGAUGCUUCAAGUGGACAAUGUACUCAACAGUUUAGUUUUCAUUCUGCACCAGCUCUUGAUGUUGAUUGGCAAACUAAUGUUUCGUUCGCCAGUUGUUCAACCGAUCAGUGUAUACAUGUUUGUAAACUUAAUGUUGACAAACCUAUCAAAUCAUUCCAAGGACAUACGAAUGAAGUAAACGCAAUAAAAUGGGACCCACAAGGAAAUUUACUAGCAUCAUGCUCCGAUGACAUGACCUUAAAAAUAUGGUCCAUGAAACAAGACACAUGCGUUCACGAUCUCCAAGCACAUUCAAAGGAAAUCUACACAAUUAAAUGGUCCCCAACAGGACCGGGUACAUCAAAUCCCAACAUGAAUUUAAUUCUAGCAUCGGCCAGUUUUGAUUCGACUGUUCGUUUAUGGGAUGUAGAACGUGGCGCAUGUAUUCAUACGCUCACCAAACACACGGAACCCGUUUAUUCGGUUGCGUUUAGUCCGGAUGGUAAAUUUUUGGCGAGUGGUAGUUUUGAUAAAUGUGUACAUAUAUGGUCAACACAAUCAGGACAAUUGGUCCAUUCGUAUAAAGGAACGGGGGGUAUAUUUGAAGUAUGUUGGAAUUCACGGGGUGAUAAAGUGGGUGCUAGUGCAUCCGAUGGCAGUGUGUUCGUUUUAGAUUUACGUAAAAGUUAAUUUAGAUGUUAAGUAAAUUCUGUAUUUUUAGUUUUUUUCAUGAAAACUUUAUCUUGAUCAAGGAGAUCAGGCCGUCUUAUUCUCGGGCGAAGUUGGAAAUUUGAGAGGUUGUUGCUUUGGACAAGAGUCAAUUUUAAAACUACGAAUGUUUUCAUAGUAUUCGAAGUAAUAAGUUGAAAAAAGGUGUAAAAUGUUGAAAAUCUGUCGGACAAUCCGUCCUAAAGGAACAUUUAUAAUCAAUAACAACCCAAACCCCCCAACAAGAAACGGUAAAAUUUACAUUUAUCUCCGGAAUCUAAAUUCAUCAAUACCACAAUCCAAAACCUGUCGAACAGUCCGUUUUUCUGUCCGCUUUUUCUAGGUAUUCCUUAUACCUUCAAGAACAUUCAUCCUCCAUGAUGGAGGGUUUUAGGGGAGUUUCAACCCACCCAAACUAACCCAAAAAAAAAAGCCUAUACAACGAGUAUUUUGUCUUAAAGGAAAAAAUUUCUCAAAUUUUCAACCAUGCUGAAAUAACUGUUAAAAUACUUCGCCUAGAAAUCCCAGUAAGAAGAUUUUUGACAAUUUUGUCUUCAUACAAUUGUCACUCAUCAUACAAGGCAAAGAUUUACGCUAAUGAUCCUCAAAUCACAGAUGUUUUUUUUAACUAAAUACAGGGUGUCCCCUUUUUUUAAGUUGACAUAUGCUUGAAACUCAAUAACUAAAUUUUAAUCGAGGUAAAUGCUUCAAACGAAAUACAUUUUGGGGGUAAAACUUUUCAGUAUGUUUUUACUUGAACUGUAUGAUUUGCGGAAAAACUGUUUCAAAUAAAAAAUGUAACUUUUUUUAAUCAAUAACAGCUUUCUAAUUUAAAUUGUUCUUUUAUCGAUUACCAGUUAUAAACGAGUAGAGUGAGCUUUUUCAUUGAACUUGAAGACUUAGAUCAAGUUUAAUGUUCGUAAGAUGUACGCCCACAUACCUAACAUUUUUCGAAUUUCAAGCAUAUGUUAACUUAAAAAGCACACCCUAUAUAUUUGAUUUCAUUAAAAAGAUAAAUGUUAUUUAAAUUUUUAGUGCGUAAGAUAUUAUUUUUAAUUUUUCAUAUUCAGACGUCGUGGUCGUAAUCGAUGGAAUAUUUUGUCAUUUUUGUUAAUCGAGAUCUUAUCACUUGUCUCCAUAACAUUCUAUAGACCGUGGGCCAGACAGGGUGUUUUGUUAAAUGAUAAAUACAUUCUUGAAACUUUUUGAGUAUGUAAUCAAGUGGUCAUAAUGUUCGAUAAAUUUCCUGUUUUUUCAAACCGAUAGCGAUAAUAUGACGUUAAAUUUCAAGUAUGCAUCAAUCUUUUGGCAUAGCAACCCUUUCUUUCCCACGGUCUUUUAGAUAUAAAACACUAAAAUGAGGUCGAUACAUUUAAAAUACCAUCGAAGUUCUCUCGACAACACACAUACAAAUUGUUCCCGAAUAUAUUCUCGAUAAAUAGAAAUAAUAAUAAUAAUAAUAAUAAUGUUUUUGUAAUUUCCUGUUUUGUUUAAAGAAGUUUUACUGUAGUGUCUCGUCAAUGAUUGGUUUUAUAUAUUUACAAAUACAAUAAAUAUAUAUAUUUUAACAUG